GGUACUGAAGUAGCUGAAAUGCGCAAAAGGCAGCAGUCACAAAAUGAAGGAACACCUGCUGUGUCUCAAGCUCCUGGGAACCAGAGGCCCAACAACACGUGUUGCUUUUGCUGGUGCUGUUGUUGCAGCUGCUCCUGCCUCACCGUUAGGAAUGAAGAAAGAGGAGAAAACGCAGGAAGACCCACACAUACCACAAAAAUGGAAAGCAUCCAGGUCCUAGAAGAGUGCCAAAACCCCGCCGCAGAUGAAGUCUUGUCCUGGUCUCAGAAUUUUGACAAGCUGAUGAAGGCCCCAGCAGGAAGAAAUCUCUUCAGAGAGUUCCUCCGCACAGAAUACAGUGAGGAGAACCUGCUCUUCUGGCUUGCCUGUGAAGACCUAAAGAAAGAGCAAGAUAAAAAAGUAAUAGAAGAAAAGGCCAGGAUGAUAUAUGAAGACUACAUUUCUAUACUAUCACCAAAAGAGGUCAGUCUCGAUUCUCGAGUUAGAGAGGUGAUCAAUAGAAAUCUGUUGGAUCCCAAUCCUCACAUGUAUGAAGAUGCCCAACUUCAGAUUUAUACCUUAAUGCACAGAGAUUCUUUUCCAAGGUUUUUGAACUCUCAAAUCUAUAAGUCAUUUGUUGAAAGUACUGCCGGCUCUUCUUCUGAAUCUUAA